GGCCUGCCAGGUGAGGCGCAGUACUCGUGGGCCUCUCACUUCCGCCCAGGUGAGGGAGGGCUGACGCCGAGUCCGCCCGCGCGCUCCGGGCUCCCACCGGCGCCGCCGCCGGACCAGGUUUCUUUAAAAGUGAUUGAAGACAAUAAUUCAAAAUGCCUGAAAAUCCUGCUACAGAUAAAUUGCAGGUCCUGCAAGUUCUUGAUCGCUUGAAAAUAAAAUUGCAGGAGAAGGGUGACACUUCGCAGAAUGAGAAGCUCUCUAUGUUUUAUGAGACACUAAAGAGCCCUCUUUUCAACCAGAUACUCACUCUUCAACAGUCCAUCAAGCAACUGAAGGGGCAACUCAGCCAUCUACCCUCAGAUUGUUCAGCCAACUUUGAUUUUUCUAGGAAAGGUUUAUUGGUGUUCACGGAUGGUGCCAUUACUAAUGAGAAUGCCCAUAGCUCCUCUAAUAACUUGACUGUAUCUGGGUUGUUUCCUUGGACCCCAAAGUUGGGAAAUGAAGAUUUUAACUCAAUCAUGCAACAGAUGGCUCAGGGCCGGCAAAUCGAAUAUAUAGAUAUAGAACGGCCCUCAACUGGAGGCCUCGGAUUCAGUGUGGUGGCCUUCAGAGGUCAAAAUCUGGGAGAAGUCGACAUUUUCGUGAAGGAAGUGCAGCCAGGGAGUAUAGCUAGCAGGGACCAAAGGUUAAAGGAAAAUGACCAAAUAUUGGCUAUUAAUCACACACCACUGGAUCAGAACAUUUCCCACCAGCAAGCAAUUGCAUUGUUACAACAAACCACUGGAUCUUUGCAUCUGGUUGUGGCCAGGGAACCAGUCCACGCAAAAAGCAGCACUUCUACCAGCCUAACUGAUGCAAAUCUGCCUGAAACAGUUCGUUGGGGCCAUAUUGAAGAUGUUGAGCUCAUUAAUGAUGGCUCUGGAUUAGGUUUUGGAAUAGUUGGAGGAAAAUCGAGUGGUGUAGUUGUGAGGACUAUAGUUCCUGGAGGAUUAGCAGAUCGAGAUGGAAGACUCCAGACAGGGGAUCACAUCUUGAAGAUUGGGAGCACAAAUGUGCAGGGAAUGACCAGUGAGCAAGUUGCACAAGUGCUGAGGAACUGUGGGAAUUCUGUCAGGAUGCUUGUUGCAAGAGACCCAGUUGGUGAAAUUUCCAUAACCCCUCCUACCCCUGCAGCCUUACCUGUUGCCCUGCCUGCUAUUGCCAACAGGAGCCCCAGUUCUGACAAUUCUACUCUUUUUGAAACUUAUGAUGUUGAACUCAUUAAAAAAGAUGGACAAAGUCUUGGAAUUAGAAUUGUUGGUUAUGUUGGAACGACUCAGACAGGAGAAGCUUCAGGGAUUUAUGUGAAAAGUAUAAUACCUGGCAGCGCUGCAUACCACAAUGGUCAAAUUCAAGUGAAUGACCAAAUAGUUGCUGUCGAUGGUAUGAAUAUUCAGGGUUUUGCCAACCAGGAUGUUGUUGAAGUGUUAAGAAAUGCAGGGCAAGUGGUACACCUAACCCUAGUUCGAAGGAAAACAUCCUCAUCUGCUUCUCCACAUGAAGGGCCCUCUGACAGAGGAACUGUGGUGGAACCACCGAAAACACCAGCCCUCUUUCUGACUGGAGCAGUGGAAAAGGAAACUAAUUUCAGUGAAGAUGAGGAAACUGAAGAAAGAAUGGAUAAUCUAAAAAAUGACAAUAUACAAGCCUUAGAAAAACUGGAAGGAGUCCCAGUCUCUUUAGAAAAUGAGCUGAAAUCCAGAUGGGAAAACCUACUGGGCCCUGAUUAUGAAGUAAUGAUUGCUACUUUGGACACACAGAUUGCAGAUGAUGCUGAGUUACAGAAAUAUUCAAAGCUGCUGCCCAUUCACACUCUGAGGCUUGGCAUGGAAGUGGAUUCCUUUGAUGGGCACCAUUAUAUCUCUUCGAUUGCUCCAGGUGGUCCUCUUGAUACACUGAACCUCCUACAGCCAGAAGAUGAGCUUCUUGAGGUCAAUGGAGUGCAGCUCUAUGGGAAGUCUCGCCGAGAGGCAGUCUCCUUUCUUAAAGAAGUGCCGCCCCCCUUUACCUUGGUUUGCUGUCGACGGUUGUUUGAUGAUGAAGCCUCUGUAGAUGAACCAAGGACCACUGACACCUCUUUUCCUGAAAUGGAGGCUGACCACAAUAUAGAUGUCAAUACUGAAGAAGAUGACGAUGGGGAAUUAGCCCUGUGGUCUCCUGAAGUCAAGAUUGUUGAACUAGUAAAAGAUCAGAAAGGCUUGGGAUUCAGCAUUUUGGAUUACCAGGACCCCUUAGAUCCCACAAGAUCAGUGAUUGUGAUUCGCUCCCUGGUGGCCGAUGGUGUGGCAGAAAGAGGCAGAGAACUAUUACCUGGAGACCGCCUGGUCUCAGUCAAUGAAUACUGUUUGGACAACGCCACACUUGCUGAAGCUGUGGAAGUGUUGAAAGCUGUGCCACCAGGCACUGUACACCUUGGCAUCUGUAAGCCUUUGGUGGAAGGUGAUAAAGAGGAAGAAAAUCAUAUUUUACAUUCAAACAAUAAUGAAGACAAGACUGAAAUUUCAGGAACAGUUCAUGAUAUAAAUUCAUCUUUAAUACUUGAAGCACCCAAGGGAUUUAGAGAUGAGCCCUAUUUUAAAGAAGAGCUUGUGGAUGAGCCAUUUCUAGAUUUGGGAAAGGCUUUCCAGUCCCAACAAAAAGAGAUAGACAAUAGUAAGGAGGCCUGGGAAAUGCAUGAAUUUAUGGUGCCUAGAUUGCAGGAAAUGGGUGAAGAAAGAGAAAUGCUUGUUGAUGAAGAAUAUGAGCUCUAUCAAAACAGCUUUCAGUCCAUGGAAUCGUAUCCCUCAUCGCACAUUCAAGAGGAUGCUCCUGUUCCAUCCUUGAAGGAGCUUCACUUUGGUACACAGUGGUACCAGGAUUGUGAACUGCCUGAGCCUCAAGAAGCCAGGUCCAUGAUGAGCGUGUAUUCCCAGGAGAUUCAGCAGUGUGGCUAUAGCACUGAAAAGAUGAUGAAAGAAAACUUUGGCAUCGAUUCCCUAUCCUCCAUACCCUCAACUGAAGGAAACAGUCCACAAAGCAGAUUUGAUGAUCUGGAAAAUCUUAAUUCGUUAACGAAAAGUAGUCUGGAUUUAGGCAUGAUGAUUCCAAAUGAUGUCCAAGGUCCUGGCUUGUUUGUUGAACUUCCUGCUGUGGCUCAAACAAGGGAGCAAGAAGACUUGCCUCUAUACCAACUCCCCAGGGCUCUAGCUGUUUCCAAGGCCUCGGCAUACAUAGGAAUGUUGUCUUCUAGAUAUGCCACUGAUGCAUGUGAAUUACCUGAGAGAGAAGAAGGUGAAGGAGAAGAAACUCCAAACUUCAGCCACUGGGGACCACCAAGAAUUGUUGAGAUUUUUAGAGAACCAGAUGUAUCUCUUGGUAUUAGUAUCGUUGGUGGACAGACGGUUAUAAAACGCCUGAAGAAUGGAGAGGAGCUUAAGGGUAUAUUUAUCAAACAAGUUUUGGAAGACAGUCCAGCAGGAAAAACAAAUGCUCUUAAAACUGGAGAUAAAAUACUUGAGGUGUCUGGAGUAGAUUUGCAGAAUGCCUCUCACAGAGAAGCAGUUGAGGCCAUUAAGAAUGCAGGAAACCCUGUGGUGUUUGUUGUUCAGAGCUUGUCAUCCACUCCAAGAGUCAUUCCUAGUGCACAUAACAAGGCCAAAAAAUUAACUAAUAACCAGGACCAAGACACCCAAGAAAAAAAAGAAAAGAGGCGAGGAACUGCUCCACCUCCAAUGAAACUGCCGCCUCCUUACAAAGCUCCAUCUGAUGACAGUGAUGAAACUGAAGAAGAAUAUGCAUUUACCAACAAAAAAAUCAGGCAAAGAUAUGCGGACCUGCCUGGAGAAUUGCACAUUAUUGAACUUGAAAAGGAUAAGAAUGGACUUGGCCUCAGCCUUGCUGGUAACAAAGACAGAUCACGCAUGAGCAUAUUUGUGGUGGGAAUUAACCCCGAAGGACCCGCUGCCACAGACGGGAGAAUGUGUAUUGGAGAUGAACUGUUGGAGAUAAACAAUCAGAUCCUGUAUGGAAGAAGUCACCAAAAUGCAUCUGCCAUUAUUAAGACUGCCCCAUCAAAGGUCAAGCUUGUUUUCAUCAGAAAUGAAGAUGCAGUCAAUCAGAUGGCCGUUACUCCCUUUCCAUUACCAUCAAGUUCCCCAUCUUCUGUUGAGGAUCAGAGUGGCACCAGUGAGGAAGAGGGCAGUCUCGAAGCUUGUAUUAAACAAUUGCCUAGAAGUGAAAGCUCCAAACUGGAAGACAUCUCCCAAGUGGUUGGUCAAGGUGUGGUGGCAGGUCAGCAGAAGGCACUGGAAUGUCCAGCUGACAGCGCCGGCAGCCAAAUGAAACAGCAAAAAUAUUCAGUGAAAGUCUCCUUCAGUUCACAAGAGAUCCCUUUAGCACCAACUUCAUACCAUUCAACAGAUGCAGACUUCACAGGCUAUGGUGGUUUCCAUGCUCCUGUGUCAGUGGACCCUGCCACGUGUCCCAUUGUUCCUGGCCAGGAAAUGAGUAUCGAAAUAUCCAAGGGACGUUCAGGGCUUGGUCUCAGCAUUGUGGGAGGAAAAGACACACCCUUGGAUGCUAUAGUCAUACAUGAAGUCUAUGAAGAAGGGGCAGCAGCCCGAGAUGGAAGACUUUGGGCUGGUGACCAGAUAUUAGAGGUUAAUGGGAUUGACCUGCGGAGCGCCAGCCACGAAGAAGCCAUCACAGCCCUGAGGCAGACCCCCCAGAAGGUGCGACUGGUGGUGUAUAGAGACGAGGCACACUACAGGGAUGAGGAGAACUUGGAGAUUUUCCCCGUGGAUCUGCAGAAGAAGGCUGGCCGAGGACUGGGCCUGAGCAUCGUUGGGAAGCGAAAUGGAAGUGGAGUGUUUAUUUCCGACAUCGUGAAAGGUGGAGCCGCAGACCUUGAUGGGAGAUUGAUUCAGGGAGACCAGAUCUUAUCUGUGAAUGGGGAGGACAUGAGAAGUGCCUCCCAGGAAACAGUGGCCACUAUCCUCAAGUGUGCACAGGGGCUUGUGCAGCUAGAGAUUGGAAGACUCCGAGCUGGUUCCUGGACCUCUUCGAGGAAGACAUCACAGAACAGUCAGCAGAGUCAGCACAGCACACACAGCAGCCUUCAUCCUUCCCUUGCUCCUGUUAUCACCAGCCUGCAAAACCUGGUCGGCACAAAAAGAGCUUUGGAUCCUUCCCCAAAAAACUCAGGCACAGAUGUGGGACUAAGGACCAUUGAGAUAAUCAGGGAGCUCAGCGAUGCCCUUGGAAUCAGUAUUGCUGGAGGAAAAGGAAGUCCCUUAGGAGAUAUCCCAAUAUUUAUUGCCAUGAUUCAGGCCAGCGGUGUGGCCGCACGUACACAGAAGCUUAAAGUUGGAGAUCGGAUUGUCAGCAUUAAUGGGCAACCUUUGGAUGGGCUGUCUCACGUGGACGUGGUUAAUCUGCUGAAGAACGCCUACGGGCGCAUUAUCCUGCAGGUUGUGGCAGAUACCAAUAUAAGUGCCAUAGCAACUCAGCUUGAGAACAUGUCUACGAGCUACCCCCUUGGUUCACCCGCUGCCGAGCACCAUCUGGAGGACACAGAGGAGCAGCUGCAGAUGACGGCCGAUUGAAGCGAGGUGAUCAGAUUUUAGCUGUUAAUGGUGAGACUCUGGAAGGUGUUACACAUGAGGAAGCUGUGGCCAUUCUAAAACAUCAGAGAGGAACUGUAGUCUUAACUGUGCUGUCCUGAGCCUUGGGUCCUGAUCACAAGAUAGAUGUGGUUGUAGAAUAUCCAUAGGAAGACAAAGUUCUGAGGAUGAAAAGCAGCCUCAACUAAAACCCACCUUCAUUCUUACCAUCUCAACCUCUCUGCUUGGGAGAGAUGGCCUAGGUUUCACGUGAAUUUUGCAAGUUGACAAUCUAAUGUUUCCCAGAUUCUCUCACCUUGGUGAGGUUAAUUUCUAACAGCUGAGUCUUAUGCGCUUUGCAUUUAACAUCAAUGUUUAUCAACUAGUAGUAAGUGGUUCUGAUUAUAUUUGCCGAAAUGGAAGCUAACAACCUCUCAUUCCUUAUGUCCUUCUCUCCCCAUCCCGACUCCUAUGGAGGCUGAGCAGCAACCAGAUCGCAUCCGAUGAACAGAAACAAAUGUUAAGCAACUUGUCAUCUCACUCAUGAUUUACGCAUGCUAAUUGUCUCUUCAGAUACAACAGAAAACAUUAGCAGUGUAAUUAACUUAGCAGUGAUGCCCAUGAUGAAAUACCAGAUUCUCCUGUGGGAAAUUACUGUGCUCUUCUCUGUACGACAUCAUCAAAUAAGCCUCAAAUUCAUUUCUCUGGGUAGAUCUUUAUAAGUAAGUCAUUGGUGAUUAUGAUGAGUCAAUUUGCAGACUGUAAUCUAAAAAUUCUAAAUGGCUUUCUAAUUGUUUUCUUAGCUACAUAAGUGCAUAGUACUGAGAAAAUGUACCUUCUUAGCAAGAACAAUUAGCAUCCAUAUUCUGAAUUCUAACAAUGCUAAGUUAUGCUCAAGUCUGGGAAGUUCAUCUGGAGUUAACAGCAUUUCAGUAGGCAGGCAUCAUUCCCACACCUCAGGCUUCAGACGAGGAGGUGGAAGCCCCAGAACCACACUGCAGAGAUCAGCAAGUUUUUACUAAAGUCAGCCAAGGUCUGGAUGGCCUUGGCAUUGUGCAAAGUGGAGUGACAAAUUUGAGUAUCCCUCCGCUUGGCUCCAUACCUGUCAGUCGAGCAGCACACAGCAUAGGAACAUAGAUGGAGCAGCGCACUUAGCCACAGAGUGACUGAACAAAUGGACUGAGCCUAGGAAUCAGUGAUGGCUCCUUGGAGACUGUUUCCUGGUCUCCAGGCAGCCUCGCAUUUGCUGAAGUGUGCAUGGUAAGAAAGCAACUACAGUAGAAAAUACAAGAAUACCUUUAAAGUUGGUUAGGGGCCUUCUUAUUCAGGUAUUAGCAGGAAAAGGAGGGGGAGAUGCUUAUCAAUGAAUGUUAUAGGUUCUUCUGUGAAAAAAUGCACCACAAAAGAUGAGUACCAGAAUGGGUGAUAGAAGUAGUGUGGCAUUAUUUAACUAAAACACAAUGCUGCAAAUGGUUCACAAUAAUUAUCAAAAUGUAAUGGGCUCCAAUUUAAAAUGUUAUUUAAUAAGUGUAGAUUUUAAUUGAGAACUAUCUUUCAGUAGAUGUAAUCACAAAGUGCAUUAACUCUUGUUGGAAUAUUUUAUGGCUAUUCCAAAGUAUAGAGUGCCUAAAUUUCAUGUUGAAAAUGACUUUCAUUACUGGUAUUAAGUUUUCUGAAUUUACACAUGGCUUUUGAAAUGUCUAAUGUAUCCCAAAAUACGCAGUGUUGUUAGAAAUUAUUUUUCAAUGCAUGAGAACCUAUCAGCCUCAGAACGUUCUCUGUUAAUUGUAUCUGCAAAAACACCUCAAGCAGCCAAGAAGAAAUGUAAAGCCCAAAUAAAACUUGAAAAUGCACCUUAAAAAAAAACACAUACAUAUGUUAUAUAUAUAUACUUUUGAAAUGUGAUUCUGCUUGAUUUUGAUGGAAUGGCCAUUAAAUACACAUUUUGAAGUAACAUAUCAUUGUUUUGUUUCUUUACACAUUAUCCUUUUAGGACAUGCUACAAGUCUCUUGAUAAAGGAAUUGUGGUGCUUUAUACUCCUUGCUGCAGUAAAUUGAUAUAACUAUUGCUUCUCGUAACUGGUUCUGUCUCUGCUUGCAUGACUAGUAAAUAACUGCCUUCCCAAAAACAUUUUUUUUUUUUUGCGUCAGAACUUACCAAGCUAAGAGGAUAUGAAGAUGGGAAUUUGUGAAAGGAGUAGUUCUCUCAUAGCCACAUAUAUUGUUUGAGCCUCAUCAUUUGGGCCACUUAAGUGUAGUAAUGAUGCCAUUUAUUAGAGUUAGCAUGAGAGGGAAGUAAACCAGGAAAGAUAAAACUGCUGAAUGUUUGUAUGUAUAAGAUAUUUCCAAAAAUUCUAAAUAAAUGUAGUUA